UUAUCGGAGUUAAACCUGAGCACCACGGACGUUCUGUGAAACAGUGGUUUCCUGCGUAUGGUAUUGUCAGUUCUUUCUUUCAUUUUUCUUCAUUACGAUUUUGUUUCCUUUGUGCUUGCACCGUUCCUAAACAGCAUUUGAAAUGACAGCGUUACAAUUGAAAGAUUCUUUUUGGGGCCCAGAAUUCACCAGUAACGCCGGGUACGAGACUCUUAUCCAGAAGCUAUGUGAUGGGCGGCGGGCUUGCAAAGAUGUGGAGGAGCUCUUAAAAAUGAGAGCGAUGGCAGAGGAAAGGUACGGCAAGGAAUUGAUUACUAUUGCACGCAAGACAGGAGGGCAAAGUGAAAUUGGCACUUUGAAGGCAUCAUUUGACCAGCUAAAAGCCCAAAUGGAGAACAUUGGAAAUUUGCACAUUCAGCUCUCUGGGAUGUUACGAGAAGAGGCGAAACGAAUGGAGCAGUUCAGAGAGCGACAAAAGGAGCAGCGAAAAAAGUUUGAAGGGGUCAUGGAAAAGGUUCAGAAGAUCAAAGUGUCAUUAUAUAAGAAAACCAUGGAGUCUAAAAGGAUGUAUGAACAGAGGUGUAAAGAGGCUGAUGAAGCUGAACUGGCUACUGAAAAACUCAACAGUACACCCACUGUCACCCCUAAACAAUCUGAAAAGACACAAAGCAAAGCAAAACAGUGCAGGGACGCAGCAACAGAUGCAGAGAAACAGUACAUGUCAAACAUAGAGCAGCUGGAUAAGAUUCGUCAGGAAUGGGAGAUCACGCAUGAGUGCACAUGUGAGGUUUUCCAGCAGCAGGAAGAUGAUCGCAUUAACAUUUUGAGAAAUGCUAUUUGGGUCCACUGUAAUCACUUUUCCAUGCAGUCUGUCAAAGAUGAUGAGUGUUUUGAGGAGGUGAGGAAAGUGCUAGAAAUGUGUGACAUCACGGAAGACAUCAACAGUUUCAUCAAUACGAAAAGCACUGGCACCACACCAGCAGCGCCCAUUGUGUUUGAAAACUAUUAUGAAAGAGAACCAACAACAGACAGCAAUGGCAUCACACGCUUUGGAGGAGGCGUGAUGAAGAGGUUUUCAAAUCUCUUGCAAGGCAACUGUGCCGUUGGCUCCAGGACUAAUAAUAAUGAAUGUGUUCAGCCAUCAGCACCUCCAUCAGCUGACAUUGCAGAUGGAGUGUAUGCCUCCGUUCCUGGAUUUCCACAAGCAACUUCAGACAGUGCUGGCUCUCAAAGCGGCACAUACCAGGCUCAGUAUGAAUAUGUGGCUCAGGGCGCUGAUGAGCUCUCCAUCUCUGUGGGGGAAGUGCUGCUCGUGGUGGAACAGGGAGGAGACGGCUGGUGGACGGUGGAGAGGGACGGCCAGACUGGGCUGGUGCCAGGCUCCUACUUGGCCAAGAUAUGAAUCAAGAGUCUAGCACAAACUGCAAAGUCUCUCCAUGUCCUUAAACGCUCUUUAAUAACAGAGUUAUUAAGGGCACUCCCUAUAAAAGUGUCUCAGAGGCGGAUUUCUGUUUGCUAAAUGCAUUUAAGCAGUAGCACAUCCAUACUGAAAAUCUGUAUGGAACGUAGUAAAUAAAUCAAAACGGGUUAGGGCUGCACGAUAAAUCGAAAUGGAAUCGAGAUC